AUGAUCAAAGACAAUUCAAGUUCCCUCGACGAGUGUUUUAACGAAGGCUAUGUUAUUUCCUUAGCGGCGUUGGUCCCUGUUCUGAGUUUGUCGAUUUUUUCUGGUGUGGCCGCCGUGUUUCUUAACAUUUUAGUCAUUUGGGCAAUCUACCGAAACUCUAUCCUUCGCUGCAUAACAAAUUACUGGAUCGUUUCCCUCGCCGUAGCAGAUUUACUGCUUGGUAUUUUGGGCGUGCCCGUGUGGUGCUUAAAGCUUCUCCAUAAAGCGCGAAUUAUCAAAGUUAAUGUUCAUAAUGUCUUCACCUGUAUUCUUGUACUGACGCUGGUUUCGUCAUCUUUGAACCUUUUGGCUCUUAGUGUUGAUCGGUUUAUUGGCGUAACAUCUCCGUUUCGUUACUCCGCUCUUUUAACUCGGGAAAGAUGUCGAAAAGGUAUCGCAGUUAUAUGGGCCUUAUCCGCUUUGGCGGCAAUCGCCUCAUUGCGAAGCAAAUGUACUGUUAAUGCAGAUGGCCACCUUCUACUUUUCGCCGUGAUCAUCGGAGCACCCUCCAUUUUUAUCUGUUAUUUUUAUUUUCGUAUCUUCAAAGAAGCCAUAAGACAAAAAAGAUUGAUCAUGGUGCAGCAGCAAUCCAGUUCCGGUCAGGCACGUUUCGUGAAAGAAAACAAAGCUGCGAUGACAGUUGCCAUGGUGAUUGGAUCAUUUGCUCUUUGUUGGAUUCCAAGUUUGAUUGACGCUGUCAUUCAUCUUGUAGCUCCCUCAUUUUGGCGAAACACUCAAUUAUAUCUCGGAACGACGCCACUGGCUUGUUUUUCGUCUGUUGUAAAUCCCAUUCUAUACUCGGUUAGGAAUAAAACUUUUCGCAACUCUUUUCGAAGUGUUUUUAUGACCACAAGA